AUGCUGAAUCCCUUAGCCAAUGAAUUCAAACCAGUAUUAGCCGAAAGCAGUUCUUCUAAAAAAGAUAAGGAAAGAAGACAUAGCAAUAGCCAUCAUAAAGCAGGCACCGGAGAUAAUAGUAAAAAACAACCACUCAAAGACAAUACAAGUAAUGCAAAAAAGCAAGGAACAAGUAAAAAGAAAGGGAAUUCUAGCAGCAAGAAACAAAAACCAGAAACUAACAAGAGAAGACCUUCUCGUCAAGAGACAACUAGUCUAGAGGAUCAAUUUAAGCAAGAAGCCAAAUUUAUUGCCAUAGAAACAGCCAUCAAUCCUAUGCAUAGGAAUGAAAAGCAAUUAGAGCAUGGAUACGAAAGAUACAUUGAUUGGAUUAAUAGGUCGCUUAAAUUGUAUGACAUAAUAACUGUUGUCGGCAUGGAUACCGCCAUAGUAGAUGUUGUUUCCAUAGUAACCAUCCUUCAAGAUAGAAAACUAGGUGUCCAUGAAGAAAUAGAAACAUUUACAAUGGAUCAAGGAAAUGGAAGAAAGACAAGCUGUAUUCAAGUGAAACUUCAUUCUUACUUUUAA